AUGGUUUGGCUAGGGGCAUGUUCACAAGCUCUGACACCGCUGGUGAUUUUAGAUGAAGGUUCGGUUGAUCACACGGUUUACAUCGAAAAAGUACUUCCAGUGGCAAAGAAAUUCGGUGCCAAGAUGUUAGGUGGCGAUUGGACAUUUCAGCAGAAUAAUGCACCUGCGCAUAAACAGCAUUUAACGCAAGAAUGGUGUCGUCGAAAUUUGCCGUCGUUUAUUAGCAAAGAACGUUGGCCUGCUAAUAGUCAAGACUUUAAUCCUUUGGAUUAUUGCAUAUGGAACGACUUAGUUCAGGCAAUGGACUGGCGCAAAGUCACGACCAAACUGACCUUGAUUACCGAAUUAAAACGAGCGGUAAAGAAACUUCGACUCAAAGUUGUUGUGCAAAAUGUGGAAAUAAUAAGUGGAAAAGUGGAAAUAAUAUAG